UCGAUGGCUUUGAAAUUAGCUGGUCUCUGCGUUUAAACACUUAGUAACAGCCAACAGCUGCAGCUGAACAAGUCAUCUUUCCAACCAGUCUCGAAUCCACCACAACAAUGUCCACAAGGGACUCUGUCUGGUCACUGCUGUGCACUUUUGGGAACUGGUACCACAAAUCUGGCUACGGCGAGAAGCACAGCAGGAUGGCCAACAACUCCAACUCAUCCCUCGGUCCUGUGGAGCUGUUUUUGCAAGAGUGGCAGGUGUUCAUCCCACCGAAGCAGAUGAAAUACUUGCAGGUGUGCCCGAUGGUGAGCUUCCUGGCUGUGUCCCCAGUUGUGCCCGUGAUCCUGGCCAAGGUGCUACGCAGUCCUCACCUACAGCAGGAGACACGGUAUCUGCUUCUUGCCAACGCUCUGCUCAGUGAUCUCGCCUUUGUCUCUGUCUACGCACUGACCUCCGUCUUCAACGCUGCUGGUAUGCUCAUGACCAUGUGGGGCUGCACGGCGCUGUUAUCUCUCCUAGGUGUACUCUUCAGCGCUGGGAUCCUUAGCACCAUGGUCAUGGCACUGGACACUUCUCUAGCUGUGCUGGUGCCCUUGCGCUACUUGGCACUCUGGCCUGUUUCCCGUACCAGGAGAGUGAUUGGGGUCACCUGGGUGUUAUCACUUUUCUUUCCGGUUGCCCUGGUGGGGGCUUUCCUGUGGUUUCACUCUCCCAGCCCCUGCACUUCACACAUCUGCUCUCUGCCCCUGCUUAUGGUGCUCACAGUCAGCCACUCUGCUCCACUGAAGGUGACCAUGCUUUUGACAGUCACCAGCAUCUUGGUCAUCCUACUGCUGGUUUUCUGUGGGUAUGUCAUGCUUUACUGGAAGACCUGGCAUUCAGGGGUAUGGAGGGGUGAGCAGUGCUCGCGAGGCAGGGGCACCUUCUUCAUCCACUACCUGCACCUGUUCCUCUCCUUUUUCCCUAUGGUGAUGCUUGUCGUUGAGCUGCUGCUGUACUCGCAGCUGAGCACAGCUGACCUGAAGACCAGGCUUUGGGUCUCCCUAAUAGUUUGCAACGUGCUGCUCGUGCUGCCCAAAGUACUGGCUCCAUAUAUGUAUGGGUUCCGCUACAGGGACCUGCGUUGCAGUCUGCUGAACUUUUAUGGCCUGCACUGUAAAGCAGUGGUGUCCCCUCAGAUGUAAAAGCUUGAGUGCUUUAUGUUUACUUUACCAAGGGUCACCUUUCCUUCCAGCUCGAUAAAUGAUAUUUUAAACACAGUAAGAUAGAUGCAUUUGGCCUAUAAAUUAAGGUAGAGUCAUGUAUACCUGUUAUGAGCAAUUAUUAUUGAUACAUUUGCAACUGCAGCAGCAUCACACGGCAGUCUUAGAGCUUAUAGACUUUACCACAUAUUGCCAUGAUUAUUGUUAUAGGCAGACCCAAAACAGUUUCUGUUUUCAAAAGUAAAUGUUUGGACUAAUAUAUUUAUGUUCUGUUUUAAACUGUU